AUGCACUUCGCAGGAGCCGGGAAGCCUCUAAUUAAAUUCAGGCACUGCGAGAGGUCCAUCUACACUUUCAGCGUGCCCCAAUGCUGCCCUCUCUGCCAGGGGGACGUGGUCUCCGCCAGGAUAGAGAACGCACCUGUCAGCAUCUCAGAUCCAUUCUCCAACGGUCAUCAAGAGAAAUGCUCCUUUCUCCUCAAACCCACGAGAGGCACGUUCCUUAGGGAAUACGAUGGGAAAUCUGAUCUGCACGUUGGAAUCACUAACACACGCGGAGUCGUGUAUAAUUACAGUGCACACGGCAUACAGCGAGACGAGGCAGGCUGGGAGCGGAGUCUCAGCAUUCCACUAGUACAGCCUAGCAUGUUUGGACUGCUGGACCAGUGGGACAAGUACCUGGAAGACUUCUCCGCUUCACCGGCCUGGCUGCCUCAUAGGUAUGAAGAGAAUCACCACAACUGCCUGAGCUUUGCCCUCGCUUUCAUUAACUGUAUCCUCGCCAUGGAAGGCAAAGAGCAGCUGGACAAGAGCGCCUUCACAGAAAAGUACGUGGUCCCGAGGACGCGCCUGGCCUCCAAGUACAUCACACUGUACAGGGCCAUCCAGGAGAGGGGCUUCUACGUGACUGAGCAUCCCGACCCAGGACAAGCCCCUCUUGAGCAGACUGUACCAAAUGCUGCAUCUGAGGGUCCUUGAGACAGGACAUUUGGGUUUGUUGCCUUUAAAUGGCACUGGAGAUUUAUAACUGUACUUAAUUGGGACUAGUUUUUUUUUUUUUUAAAGUAUGGUUUUCCAUUAAGCUUAUUAUAUAAAAAUUAUAAAAUUGACAAAAGUAAAUAAAAAUGUAUAAAACAAAUAAAUUCACAGAGUAUGUAGCACAGUGGGAAGACCAUCUGCCUAUCAUGUAAGAGACCUAUGUCCAGUCCCCUGUAUCACACCCCCAAUUUAAGGAAAAAUAAAUAGAAUUUCCCUGGGUUUCAAUAAAAAACUUCAUUACAA